CUGCCCAGGAGACUGAUGUGUCUCUAUCACCUAGCUGCCUGGGAGACGGAUGACGCAUCUCUGUGCAGAGCCUGGUUGACAUUGCAGAUGGCAUCCCCAGGGUGCAGCCUGUUAUCUGCCAACCCUCCAGCUUCCCAGGGGCCGUCUUUGGCUGGGCUUUGUGCCCAGGUGGACCUCUGUCUGGGCUGCUCCCGCUGCACCCAGCGCCUCAACGAGAGCACCUACAUCCUGCGCAAGGUGGAGCAUGACUGUCCCUGUGAGAUUCUGCUGGCCCGCUGCAAGCGAGCCGUCAAGAGUAAGAUCUGGCGCCAGGUGGGCCGCCGGCCCAGCUUCCCCAGGCCUGCGCGCUACCAGGUCUGCCGCUACUACAGCCCUGGGCUGGGCUGCCGUCGCCACUGGAACCAGUGCACUUUUGCCCGUAGCCCUGAGGAGGCGCUGGUUUGGACCUUUGAGCGCAAGCACAGCCUCCCCCGCCUGUGGCUGAAGGCCGCCGUGCAGGGCUCCAAGGCCCGGGGUGGACCUGCCGACAUCAUCCGCGCUGAGUUCGGUGGCCACUUCCAGCUGCUCUGUGCCUACUGCUUUAGGCGCCGCCCGCCUGGCCUGUGCCCCGUGGACUCGCGGCGGCAGUGUCCCGAGCACGGAGCCUGCCCCACACUCCUCAUCCACGUGAACACGGAGGGCCGCAAGCGGCAGUUUGUGGAAGUGCGGCCACAGCCUCAGAACCGCCAGCGGCUCGACUACUGCAUGUUUGUGGGUCGUGGGUGGCCGUGCCGCCACGGGGCCUCCCGCUGCCAGUAUGCGCACAGUGCCGUGGAGAUGGCAGUGUGGGAGGCAGAGCGGCUCGGCGGGCUCCUGCGGGAGGACCUCCUCAAGCCCUCUGCCCCCAAGGAAGACAAGCACACAGCCACCCACAGCCAAGCCACCUCGGUCCAGCUCUAUUGCCGUGCCUGCCUGGUCACCUGCCGCUCUCAGGAGGCUUUCGAGAACCAUUGUUCCUCCUUGGAGCAUGCACAGAUGGUCGCCUUCGACCAGGCUGUGCCCUGGGAGCACCGCGCCCCACCCAUUGGGCUCUCCAAGUUUGAGCUGUGUCCCAGGCCUGACCUCUGUGAGUAUGGUGAUAUCUGUGUCAAGGCACACUCAGCACAGGAGCUGCAGGAGUGGAUCCAGCGGGCACAGACAGUGGAGCUUCGACAGCAGGAGGCCUGGCAGGACGGGCUAGCGCCCUACCGGGCGCGGCUGCUAGCUGAGUACCAGCACAGCAGCAGCGAGGUCCUGGUGCUGGCAGAGACCAUCCCUGGAGUGUCCAUCACCUGUCACCAGCCCCUGGUACAUCAGGCCCAGGAGAAGAAGGCCCAGCACAGCUGGACGUUUGCCAUCCACUCUGUGGACCCCCUGCUGCACGUGGCUCUACUCAAGCAGGAGCCUGGAGCAGAGUUUUCCCUGGUUGCACCCUGCAUCCCUCCAGGCCGGCUCUAUGCACUGGGCCAACGUUUCCAGGUGCCUGGCUCCCCAGCAGAAUUCCAGGUAGGGGUGCAUGUGCAGGCCUCCUCCUUCGGCUCCUUCGAGCAGUGGGUGGCCUUUGACUUCGGCCGCCGGCCUGUGCUGCUUCGGAAGCUGCGGCUGCACCUGGGCCAGGCCCACAGUCGAGGGCUCUGUGGACGGCCAGCGCCUGGCCAUCCUGAAGAGGUAGAACGCUGGCACACAGGCAACCGCUGCAUAGUGCGUAGUGUGGAGCGGACGGCCGAGCAGGUGGCCCUGAUGGCCAAGUACAAGGCGCCUGCCCUGGCCCUGGAGUCCAACCUCCAAGAUCUGGCCUUGAGUCCAAUCACACGCACCAAUUACCGGCAGAGGAUGCACCACUUCCUGUACAGGGAGGAGGCGGCCCAGCAGCAGCUGGUGGCCAAGUUGACCUUGAGGGGCCAGGUGUCCCUGAAGACUGCACUGCAGACGCCAGCCCUCGGCAUGCUGUUCGCUGCCCCGGGGGCUCUUUAUGCUCAAGUCCCCAUUCCCUCCUCGCUCAUGCCAGACUCAGACCAGGGCUUCCUUCUGGCCCGGGCAGUCAGUACAGCUCUUGUGGCUCCUGUGCCUGCACCCGACAACACCGUUUUUGAGGUGCGGCUAGAAACACGGGCCAGCUCGGAGCAGGCGCUAUGGCUGCUGCUGCCUGCGCGCUGCUGCGCGGCCCUGGGCCUGCAGCCCGAGGCCAGCCCCGUCUUGGAAGUGCAGUUCCAGAUUGACCCUCUGACCUUCCGGCUCUGGCAUCAGGCGGUGGACGCCCUGCCCGAGGAGCGCCUGGUGGUGCCUGACCUGCUGGCCUGUGCCCCGCCCCACCCCUGUCCUAUUCCACCUGCGUUGCGGGGCAAUCGAAAGCAGAGGCUAGCCAUGGGGCUCAUCUCAGGCAGCUGCCCCGAGAGCCUGAAGCCCGUCCCACCACUGCUCAUCUAUGGCCCCUUUGGCACUGGCAAGACCUACACCCUGGCCAUGGCCGCCCUGGAGGUUGCCCGACAGCCCCAAGCCAAGGUGCUCAUCUGUACACACACCAACAGUGCUGCCGACAUCUAUGUUCGCGAGUAUUUCCAUGGCUAUGUCAGUGAUGGCCAUCCAGAGGCAGCCCCAUUGCGAGUGAUGUACACAGACCGCCCACCGAAUCAAACGGACCCUGCCACGCUCAAGUACUGCUGUCUGACCCAGGACUGCCGGGCCUUCCGCCCCCCCACGGAGGCCGAGCUGGCGCGCCACCGCCUGGUGGUCACCACCACCUCGCAGGCCCGCGAGCUCCGGGUGCCGGCGGGCUUCUUCUCUCAUAUCCUCAUCGACGAGGCUGCCCAGAUGCUGGAGUGCGAGGCCCUCAUCCCGCUGGCCUACGCCUCACUCCGUACCCGCGUGGUUCUGGCAGGGGACCACAUGCAGGUCACCCCUCGGCUUUUCAGCGUGGCCAGGGCCAAGGCGGCAGUGCACACCCUCCUGUACCGCCUCUUCCUGUACUACCAGCAGGAUGCCCACGACCUUGCCCGGCAAAGCCGCAUCAUCUUCCAUGAGAACUACCGCUCCACCACCGCCAUCAUCAGCUUUGUCUCGCGCCACUUCUACGUGGCCAAGGGCAACCCUAUCCAAGCCAGUGGCAAGGUCCCCUGCCACCCCCGGCACUACCCGCUCGUGUUCUGCCACGUAGCAGGCAGCCCUGAACGGGACAUGGCCAUGACAUCGUGGCUCAACACAGCUGAGGUCACUCAGGUGGUGGAGAAGGUGCAAGAGAUCUACAAUACGUGGCCCGCCUGCUGGGGCAGCCGGGAGCAGAGGCACAUCUGUGCCGUCUCUCACGGGUCCCAGGUCAGCGCACUGAGGCAGGAGCUGAGGAGAAGGAACCUGGGAGAGGUGUCUGUGGGCAACUUUGAGAUCCUGCCAGGGCGAGAGUUCCGGGUCGUGGUGCUGAGCACCGUCCACAACUGCGACAGCCUGCUGAGCCCUGGGGCACCAGCCCUGGAGUUCUUCACGGACGCCCGAGUGCUGAACACAGUCAUGACGCGUGCCCAGUCCCAGCUGGUGGCUGUGGGUGAUGCGGUGGCCCUCUGUUCCUUUGGAGCGUGUAGCAAGCUGUGGAAGAGCUUUAUCAGAGAGUGCAUAGAACACCGGAGCGUCUGCCCCGAGGGCCUUUCUCUGGGGCAGAUUGAGCAGGGUGUGGCCCAGAGGCGACAAUGGACCACCGAGCGGCCUGGGGCAGCCGUGCUCGCCAGGGACGCUGCCCUGAAGGAGAGAGCGGGGAGCCCCGCCCUGGAGCCCGGGGCCGCCGGGGCCCAGCACCUGCCCGGGCUAGUGUCUGGGGCCGAGGCUAGGACUGGGGCAGUGAGGGAGGCGGCCACAGCGCAGAAGGAAGGUGUGCCUGCGGGGACUGCCCCGGGGGAAGGGACGGCCCCAGGAGUCCCAGCAGCCCCAGAAACUUCACGGGACGGACAGUGGUCCGAGGACCUGGAGUCGGACUUCUGGCCCUCAGACUGGGAGCUCAACGCAGAGGAUGCCAUCCUGAAGGAGCUUCUCGAUGAGAGCCGGCAGGUGAUGGUGACGGUGGGAGAGGACGGGCUGCUGGACACCGUGGCCAAGCCUUCGUCCCCGCAGCAGGCCCAGCAGCACACCAACCUUCCGUCAGCCACGCUGCGGAAGCUGCUGCGCACGGAGCCCGAGCUGUACCGCCGCUGCACCUUCCUGCUGGAGACCUUCGAGCGGGCGUCGGCCAUCCCCCUGGACGACGGCGCCUGCAGCUCCCUCCAGGUCAGGGGCCGCCUGAACUGCGGCAUGGCCUUCACAGGGGAUGAGGUGCUGGUGCAGGUGCUGGGCCCCGCGGCUGGCGACAGGAGUGCCCCGGGACGGCUGCAGGGCCGUGUGGUCGGUGUGCUGAAAAGGAGGAGGCGCGAGCUGGCCUUCGUGUGCCGGAUGGACGAGUGGGACCCCCGCAUCAUGAUCCCCAUCAACGGCUCCGUCACCAAGAUCUUCGUGGCUGAGCUGAAGGACCGGCAGCAGGUCCCCAUCCACCGCCUCCUCCAGGGUCGCGUGCAGCGGGUGAGGCACGAGAGCCUGGCGGCCAAUGCCUGGCGGACCCGGCUCUUCUGGGUGCACAUUGUCCUGUGGCGGGAGCGGUUCUACUACCCGCUGGGCAUCGUCCUCGAGGUGCUGCCGGAGGCUACCACCUGGGAGCACGGCCUUCGAGCCCUGAACCUGGAGCACGGCCUGAAGGCCCCCUCACCAGACGCGGCCUCGGUGUCCAAGGCACUGCAGAAGUACCGCACUGAGCUCAGAAUGGCCACAGGCCACAGAGAGGACUGUCGCCACUUCCUCACCUUCACUGUGGAUCCCAAGGGGGCCUGCAACCUUGACGAUGCCCUCAGUGUCCGGGACCUGGGCGCCAGGUGUGAGGUGGCUGUGCACAUUGCUGACGUGGCCAGCUUGCUACCCCGGGAUGGGACACUAGAUGUGGAAGCACGCCGGCAGGGCUCUGUGUUCUAUGCCCCUGACAGGGAGCCCGUGCCCAUGUUGCCAGCCAGCCUCUGCCAGGAUGCGCUCAGCCUCCUGCCAGGCCAGGACCGCCUCGCCAUCUCCCUCUUCCUCACCAUGGACAAGGGCAGCGGCCGGCUCCAGGGCCUGCGCUUUGCACCCUCUGUUGUCCGCUCUGACUGCCAGCUGUCCUAUGAAGAGGCCGAGAUACUGAUCAAGGGGCACCGAGGCGCUGGCCUGGAGCUGCCGGGCUGCUUGGACUCUGUGGAGGCCUGUGUGGUGGCAGCCUGCUUCUUUUCCCGGGCACUGCGCCGGCACCGCCUGCGGGCUGCCUGCCCCUACGAGCCCCCGGACGAGGACAGCCAGCUGGGCUUCCGCACGGCCCACGUUAUGGUCCAAGAGUACAUGAUCCAGUUUAACAGCCUGGUGGCUAAGUUCCUGAUGGACCAUGAGCGCACGUGGGUGGUCACCCCGCUGCGGCAGCAGCCCCCGCCCAGCAGCCACCAGCUCGACGCCGUGUGUGAGAAGCACGGAGCGCUCGUGCCCCUGUCCCUGCACCUCCGCCACCACCUGCGCCCCCACGGCACCCCCGCCACACGGCUACACCUCUUGACCUCUCUCUGGAGAAGCAUCCAGCAAGCGGCUCGCAACCAGGACUAUAACCAGAUGGUGGACCUCAUUGCCACCGACGACAUGCACCCCUCGCUGGCUCCCGCCAGCCUGGACUUCAGGAAGGCCCUGGGACGCUCCGUUUUCUGCCGCUCCAGCCAGGGCCGGCAGCAGCCCGCUGGCCACUACUCGCUGCAGGUGGAGUGGUACACCUGGGCCACUUCACCCAUCCGCAGGUACCUGGAUUUGGUGCUGCAGCGGCUGAUCCUGCUGGCGCUGGACUGUGGGGGCUCUGUGUACUCCACCAGGGACAUCGACGGGCUCUGCCAGGACUUCAGCCGCCAGUAUGCUUGCGCCCAGAGCUACCAGCGCCGGGCCUACAGUCUGCACCUGGCCACCCAGCUCCAGGCCCAGCCUCGAGGCAAGCUGGGCUUUGUGGUGGAUGUAGAGGCAGGGACCCGCUGCUUCAAGCUGCUCUUCCCCGCCAACCAGGAGACCCUGCCUGACGUCUACCCCGUCCGCUACCGCUCCCUGCAGCUGGCUGAGCAGCCCCACAGUCUGGUGAGCAGGCCGGGCCUGCGGCUGGUGUGGCGCCGCCGUGUGUACUCCGUGCAGACAUCCAAACCACCCUGCCCGAAGCCGGGUCCCUUGUGUGACCCGCACACCCAGGCCAUCGACCCAGACCUGUGGAAGCAGCUGCUGAUACUGGUGGAGCGGCAGCAGUGGCCCGAGCUGGCUGCCCUGGUCCAGGACCAGGGUGCAGCGAAGACCCAGCCACAGGAGGUGGGGCGGGUGAGCCCCAGCUGCUAUGGCAGCUGUGUAGAGGUGGCUCGAGAGCUGGGCAGCGGGGACACUCUGCAGGUGCAGCUCAGCACCAGCCUGCAGCGGGGCUUCCUGGCCCCAACCCUGCAGCUGUGGACGGUGGCCCCGGGCUUCAGCCUCUGCUUGGAGCACACGGAGAGGCCGGGCGACUGCUUCUCUGGCCACCCCCACCAGGCCUCCAGGGACCAGUACUGCCGUACGGAGGAGUACUCCCAGGUUUGGGGGCCACUCUGCUCCCUGGAGUCUGUCAUCAACACGGUCGCAGACAGUGACUCUGUCACCCUGCAGAACGUGCACAUUUCCUGGGAUAAAGAGCGGACUCAACAGGGGCAGCUGCAGGGUGCCUUCUUCCUGGACCCCGCCUUCCUCCAGGAGAAUAGCAUCGAUGUUCUCUUUAGCUGCAGCUACCUCUGUAUCAGGCUAGAGGGGCUCCAGGCCCCUCCAUCCUGCCCACCCUCUGCACCCAUCGGCCUCAGCCCCUGCCUGAGCAUUGAUCCCGACACCUACACCUGGGUGGCUCAUGGGCUGGCCAAUGACUGGAGCCAGGAGGAUUCUGAGGACGGGCAGGAGGUCCCUGGGAGAGUGCACUUCUUCAUCCACCACAUGGCCAUGGAGAAGAUUCCAGAAGAGGUGCAGAGGCCCAGCACCCAGUUCACUGUUGAGGUGUUGCCCAAACAACUUCCAGACUUCCGCAAGGAAGAAGCAGUGCGUCAGCUGGAGAAUGCCUCCCCACUGGUCAUCAGCAUUGCCCUGGGCAAGCCCAUCCCUCAGCCUUGCCACCCGCCUCGCCAGCGGCCCCCCGCGACCACCAGCAGGUUCCUGGAGCGGCAGGCCUAUGACAUCCCUGGAGGCUGCCUCAAGCUGAACCCCAGCCAGAACACCGCCGUCAGGAAGGCUCUGCAGAAGCCGUUCACACUCAUCCAGGGUCCUCCGGGUACAGGAAAGACAGCUGUGGGCCUCCACAUCAUCUUCUGGUUCCAUAAAUUGAACCAAGAGCAGACACCGUCCAGCCGUGGCCCCGACGGAGAGGAGCCAUCUGGGGGCCCAUACAUCUUAUACUGUGGCCCUUCCAAUAAGUCGGUGGACGUCCUGGCAGGACUGCUCCUGAGAUGGAGGGCAGAGCUGAAGCCGCUGCGUGUGUAUGGCGAGCAGUAUGAGGCCAUGGACUUCCCGAUCCCAGGCAAAGGCGGCAGUGGCCUGCCCAGAAAGACCUCUCAGGAGGGGAGGCCAAACCAGAAGCUCAGGAGCAUCACCCUGCACCACCGAAUCCGACAGCCCGCUAACCCAUGGGCACAACAGGUGAGGGAGUUUGAUGUCCGGUUGCAGAAAGGGGAAGUCUUCUCCAGGGAGGACCUAGCCUGGUACAAGAGCACCUUGGCAAAGGCCCGGAAGUUUGAGCUGGCCCAGCACUCGGUCAUCCUGUGCACGUGUACCUGUGCGGCGUCAUCCAGCCUGAAAGGCCUCUAUGUGCGUCAGAUCCUCAUUGACGAGGCUGGCAUGGCCACCGAGCCAGAAGCCCUCAUCCCGCUGGUGUGCUUCUCCAAGGCUGAGAAGGUGGUCCUGCUUGGGGACCAUAAGCAGCUCCGGCCUGUGGUGAAGAGCGAGCAUCUGCAGAACCUGGGGAUGGACCGGUCCCUCUUUGAGCGGUAUCACAGGGAUGCUUUUAUGCUGGACACGCAGUAUCGCAUGCACGAGGGCAUCUGCGCCUUCCCCUCCAAGGAGUUCUACGCGCAGAAGCUGAAGACCUGUCCCAACCUGAAGCGGCCGCCCAGCCUCUUCAGCCAUGCGGGCAGGGAGAGCUGCCCUGUCAUCUUUGGCCACCUGCAGGGCCAUGAGCAGAUACUGAUGGUGUCCACGGAUGAAGGGAAUGAGAACUCUAGGGCCAACCCAGAAGAGGUGGCAGAGGUGGUCCGCAUCACCAAGCAGCUAACCUUGGACCGGACAGUGGACCCCAAGGACAUUGCCAUCCUUACGCCCUACAAUGCACAGGCUGUGACGAUCAGCCAGGGCCUCAAGAGAGAGGGAGUCAGUGGUGUGACUGUGUCUUCCAUCACCAAGAGCCAAGGGAGCGAGUGGCGCUAUGUGCUGGUGAGCACUGUCCGCACAUGCCCCAGGAGUGACGUGGAUGGGCGGCCAACCAAGAGCUGGCUCAGGAAGUUUCUGGGCUUUGUCGUGGACCCCAACCAAGUGAAUGUAGCCCUCACUCGGGCUCAAGAGGGUCUCUGCCUGAUUGGAGACCAUAUCUUGCUGCGCUGCUGCCCCCUCUGGAGCCGUCUCCUGGAUUUCUACGAGGCCCAGAAGUGCCUUGUGCCUGCCAAGCAGGUGCGGGUCCGGAGGAGGUCAGCCGUGUGUUCUUGAAGAGAUCCGACUCCUGGCAGCCCGUGGGGAUGUUCCUCACCCUCCCCUGUGGGCCUGGGCCCCUGCCCCAUCGUCACGCCCUUGGCGGCCAUGGCUGGCCCUCAGCCGGCUUCCUCUACU